AUGCCUACCUGCAUAAACUGUGCCAAUUCUUUGCACACUUGGAAAGUCAAUGUACAACGCCAGCCGAGUUAUAUUUGGUCUAUCUUUUCCAAGCCCACUCCACGCAAUGUUAAAGAGCUUUUCAUCCUGUUACUUUUCUGUCUGAGUAUCGCUGGAGCUGCUGGAAGUUCUUUGUUUUACUGGAUGUCUCAUACACUCCAAUUCAAGGAGGACGUGUCUGGUAUAUUUAGGGGUAGCUUCACCGCUGUUCUUCUGGUGCUCCUCUUUCUGGUGCAUCCUGUCCGGUGUCUAUUCACUCUGAUAAUACCUACAUUGAUCACCCAACAGGGGCAAAAGAUACUUCUAUCUGGAUGCUGUUUACUCAUUGUAACAAAUAUAAUUCCAAACAUAAUUCAAAAUAUCAAAAUGGUGCUGGAAGUAAACCAAUGCAUUAUGUGGAGUACCACAGAAGGUAUCUUAAACUUUGUACAGUUUGCCCCUGACAAAAUGCUUACAGAGGGAAUGAGCAGCAUGGCCAGAUUUAUUACAUCAGCAUUCAUAAAAAUACAAAGCUCUUCUACAAAAACAAAUCUUGAACGUGUAAGAAAUAAUUUGACAAGCAUUGGCCAUAAGAUAAACAGAGAUUUUCACGGCAUACAAGUGUGGAUGGAUCAAGUCACACUGGUGUUAAACAGAGCUCUUGCUGUCAUUUUCUUCAUUUAUAUGAUUGUAACAUCAGCCUGGUAUCUCACUCACUAUCUGACAGAUCUAGAUUUUGACAACAGAUACUCUCGGAGGAGGUUGGAGAAACUGGCCAAGAGCAGAACCACUGAUUGUGCCGAGAUUAGGGCUGUGGCUGAAAAGUUAACAAAAAGAACGGGACUCAAAUUGUCUGAAAAGGAAAAGAAGAAAUGUCUGAUAAAUGUUGCAAUGAUCACCACCUACCUGUUACUCUCUGCGGUUGUUGUAGCAGCAGACUAUGGCAUCUUCUACCUCACAGGAAGCCUCCUAGAAUGGACAGAGAAUGCUCCUCCCAUUCCUAUAACCAUUGAUUUCCAAUUUUUAGGUGUAAAUGUUUGGAGUUUUCCCUGGCAAUACACACUGAUACCUGCUCAAUGUGUGAAGCAGCCAGUUCCUCCAGCCUCCAAGGGAAUAUAUAUUACUGGUGGCCUAUUCAUUAUGACUUAUUUCAUGGCAGUGUUAGAUGCUUAUGCAGUCCGCAUACGCAGAAAAGUUGCGGCCUCGUUUUUUUGGAAGGUGGAAGAAGAAAGGAUUUGUUAUUUCUACCAGAAGAUUUCAGAGAAAUAUGUAAAAGAAGACAAUGGAGAGUGUUUAAGCACAGAUGACCUCUUGAAGAAAGAUUCCCGCCAGAGAGGAAGUGCUGAGCAGGAAGCUCAUGUGCCUCCACAAGGAGGGCAGGAGAACAACAGAACAACUGGGGCUUGUUGCCUCUGCCCCUGCUCCCGCCCCCAACCCACUGAGUUCCUCCAGCAGAUUGUUUAUUAA